AUGGACUCUUCCUCCUCCAACAACAAUAAUGUCUGGCUCUUCUACCCGAAUCUCAUCGGGUACGGACGUAUUGUGCUCGCCAUUAUGGCGAUGUACUAUAUGUCAUCGUCGCCAUGCUGCGCGAUGAUUUGUUACGCAUUGAGCGCCGGGCUCGACGCCUUCGACGGGUGGGCGGCUCGCAAGUACAACCAGUCGAGCCGCUUCGGAGCGAUGCUCGAUCAGCUCACUGAUCGCUGCGGGACCCUGGCCCUCGUAAUGGCUCUCUGCAAGUUCUUCCCGGAUCACUUGUUCCUCCUCCAGCUCUCUGCAGUCAUCGACAUCGCUUCCCACUGGCUCCACCUCCACGCCACUGACCUCUCCGGUGCGAGUAGUCACAAGCAGAGCACCAAUUGGUUGCUCAACUUGUACUACACGGACCGGAUGUUCCUUGGGUUCAUGUGUGGAGGUAACGAGGCCUUCUACAUUCUGCUCUACAUCAGAGCAUUCUGGGCUGGACCUCUCAUCUUCGGCUCCUUCCACUUCAUGUCGAUCUUCCCGCUCAUCGCCUUCCCAAUUGCGUUCGUCAAGACGGCCAUCUCGGUGGUCCACCUCUACACUGCCGCCGAGAUGGUCGUCGCCCACGACGUCAAGCUGCGCGUCGAGGCCGCCCAGAAGGCUCAAUAA